AUGGAGCUGAGUACCCAAGAGCCUACUCAUCCGCCGCAUCCUGCGGUCAAUGAAGCAAAGAGGCCUCAGGUACAGCCCUGGGUACACCUGCUCGCCGGCGCGGCUGGUGGCAUGGUGACGGCCAUUAUCACUUCACCUCUCGACGUAUUAAGAACUCGACUUCAAUCAGACUUAUAUGCCUCUCCGGCGCACGACUCAAAAUCCGGGCUUUCUUCGUUCAAAAGCCCCUUUCGUCAUGUUUAUGACACAUUCCGUACCAUUGGCACAAUAAGGGGACGCGAAGGGUGGCAUGGCUUGUUCCGCGGUCUUGGGCCUAGCCUAGCUGGCGUUGUCCCUGCAACCGCUGUGAAAUUUUACGUCUAUGGCAAUUGCAAACAGCUCAGCGUUCAGUAUCUAGGCUUUAGGUCUGACGAGCCCAUUGUGCAUGCUUUGGGAGCUGUCGCCGCAGGCCUAGCAACUGCAACGGUAACGAAUCCAAUUUGGUUCGUCAAGACCCGGCUGCAACUCGACAUGUCUCAAUCACAUCACGGUGCUUUAAUGCGUCAAUAUAGUGGUAGCUUGGAUUGCAUACGGCAAGUCGUACGGUCCGAGGGCAUACGGGGGCUCUACCGAGGGCUGACUGCCAGCUACUAG